UUCCUGAUCUCUUUUUCUGUGUAGCGAGGCGGGCAAGCACCAGAAGGCUCAUCAUGGCACCACUUGGACUAAAAGCCAUUGUUGGAGAAAAGAUAAUGAAUAAUGUCAUCAAGAAGGCAAGAGAAAAGGGAAAAUGGAAGGUGCUGGUGGUGGACAAACUGAGUAUGAAGAUGAUUUCCUCAUGCUGCAAGAUGACAGAUAUUAUGUCAGAGGGAAUCACCAUUGUUGAAGACAUAACCAAGCGCCGUGAGCCUCUGCCCAGCAUGGAGGCCAUCUACCUGAUCACACCUUCAGAUGAGUCUGUUGAGGGUCUGAUUGAUGACUUCAGAGACCCGCAGUCCCAGAGGUACAGAGGAGCUCAUGUCUUCUUUACUGACACGAUCCCAGACACCUUGUUUAGACUGUUGACCAAAUCCCGCGCCUCCAAAGCCAUGAAGGCCUUGACUGAGAUCCACAUCGCAUUUCUGCCCUAUGAGUCUCAGGUUUUCUCCCUGGACAAAGUGGAUGCAUUUCAGGACUUCUAUAGCCCAUUCAAGGCUGACGUGAAGGCCAACAUGCUGGAGCGUUGUGCUGAGCAGAUCGCCACCCUCUGUGCAACACUCAAAGAGUAUCCUGGCGUCCGGUACAGAGGGGAAUACAAAGACUGCGCAGUUCUCGCCCAGAUGUUACAGGAGAAAUUGGAUGGCUACAAGGCUGAUGACCCCACCAUGGGAGAGGGUCCAGACAAGUCUCGUACUCAGCUGCUCAUUCUGGAUCGUGGCUUUGAUCCUGUGUCGCCUCUCCUGCAUGAGCUCACGUUGCAGGCCAUGUCCUACGACCUGCUGGGCAUUGAGAAUGACGUUUAUAGGUUCGAGACCAGUGGGAUGGGAGAGACGAGAAUGAAGGAAGUAGUUCUAGAUGAGGAUGAUGACCUUUGGCUGACUCUGAGACACAAACACAUUGCAGAAGUGUCAACGGCGGUUACUCGAUCACUGAAAGACUUCUCUGCUAGCAAAAAGAUGAACACUGGGGAAAAGACCACAAUGAAGGAACUGGCUCAGAUGUUGAAGAAGAUGCCUCAGUAUCAGAAAGAGCUCAGUAAGUUCUCUACCCAUCUGCACCUGGCUGAAGACUGUAUGAAUCGCUACCAGGGUACCGUUGACAAACUGUGCCGUGUAGAGCAGGAUCUUGCAAUGGGCUUAGAUGCAGAGGGAGAGAAGAUCAAGGACCCCAUGAGGCUUAUUGUACCCAUUCUACUGGAUGCCAAUGUCAGUGUAUCUGACAAGAUACGCAUUAUCCUGCUCUACAUCUUCCUUAAGAAUGGUGUGACUGAGGAGAACCUGUGUAAGCUCCUUCAGCAUGCAAACAUCCCACCUGAGGACAGUGACAUCAUUUCCAACAUGGCCCACAUGGGCCUUCCCAUUGUUUCUGAGGGCACAACGAAAAAAGCUAAGAAGGCAGAUCGCAAGGAGCGAAUCAGUGAGCAGACCUACCAGCUCUCCAGGUGGACCCCUCUGAUGAAGGAUCUUAUUGAGGAUGCCAUUGAGGACAAACUUGAUCCGAAGCAAUACCCGUACAUUUCGCAGCGACAAACAUCUGCCAAAGCCACCGCUCCAUCAAGUGCUCGCUAUGGUAACUGGCACAAGAAUAGGGGCCCCACAGAGAUGAAGACAGGGCCAAGGAUCAUACUUUUUAUUAUUGGAGGGAUGACGUACAGCGAGAUGCGCUGCGUCUAUGAGGUCACCCAGGCCAAUGGCAAGUGGGAGGCCCUGAUUGGUUCCACCCAUAUUCUCACCACACCCAAAUACCUGAAGGAACUUCAACACCCAGACUUCCUGGACCCCAACACCCCUCCAGAGGGCAUACUGGGCCCAAAUGAGCCACCUGCCGAAUGAAAAGACAUUUGAAAAUAAUCAACUGAACCCUUCACCCCCUCUCGCUUUCUAAAGGGCCUCAAGAUUUGGAGAGAGAAGCGUAAACCAAGAAAUUACAGUGCUCCCUCGUCAGCCCUCAACAGCUAUCAAGAUCUUCUCCUUCAUGUUUAUUGCUUUGCAUUUGUAUUCACAUUUGUUUAGAGGAGUUUAUGGGAUUAUAAAUGCAUACUAGACAGUGACGAUUAUUCCACUUUUUCAGUGGAAAAUGGUAUUUUUCAUGGAAACUUUUGCUCUACGUGUUUUAUUUGUUCAUGGUCUUUGUAACCUACCUAACUAGCUACACACAAUCUUCUGUCAUGUAUUUAAAGUAUGUGAUAUUGUAGGUAGAGAUAUCCUUAUAGUAGCAAGCCUGCCACACUGAACAAUACCUCAGUUUUAUAUGACAUUUCCAAGGUCAGAAAAACUUGACCUUGGAAAUGCAAUAUAAAGCAGCUCUGAUUCCGUAGCCCUCGCUAAGGAAAACGUUUUGAAAAUUAUUUCUUUGCAUGUUUACUUUCUAGGCAAUAAUAAUUGUAUUGAACAUAGAGGUUAACCCAGCAGGAUUUUAGGCAGUUAUAUUUUAGAUAGAUUUACCUUGUGCCCUGUGUCUGUCUAUAAUGUAAUGAGUUGAUGUUGUGUAGUGAUCAUGAUUAAAAAUGUAUGUUUGUUAAAAUAGAUAUCAGUAUAAUACUGUAAAGUAAGAUUUAUAUAUCCACAUACAUGAAUAAUUAUCGCGGCAGAAUGUGUGCUAUUUAAUAAAGUGUCUUUUGUCAAACCA